AUUAUUUAGAACGGUCGUCCUCACAGUUCAUUAAAGCAAUGGCUGGGUUCGAUACCGAAAAUAAAGAAGAGGAUUUCAUCCUUCGUGAACACACAGUUCCUCCUGACUCUUUACAAAAAAAAAUAUUAACCUUUUUAGAAGCAGAAGAGGAAAAUUUUGAAGAAUUAGACUCCAAUCUACCAAUGAAUACCCCCCGUGAUUUAUACACUCCUAGGCUUUUUGAAUUAUUGAGAUAUUUUCGUAUUGUGAUCUUGCAAGACUUGUGUUUCUACUUGAAUUAGUACCGGAAAGCAUAUUCUGUCAACAUCCAAUUGUCAACGAUCCAGAAUUUCAAGGGUUUAAGCAUAAGAUGGAUAUGGUAGAUAUAACAACCACCUUUUUGGAGUCUCAAAAGACCCCACUGGAUGUUGUGGAUUCAUUGAUUCCCAGAAUAAUAGAUAUCAACCAAAAGACAUAUAAAUUUAUUGCACUGUCACAGAGUAGUAUUCUAAGUAACUUCAAACAGUUAUCUGACCUUGGGAAAAAGAUAGAAGGAUUAAAAGUAGAAACUCGAGAUAUAAGAUUAGAAUCCAAAAACUCGAGUGAGAGCCAUGAUAAAGAAAUUCCAGAAGUGAAGAAAGUAGUUGAAGACAUCAAUCAAAAAUUAGGUCAGUUAUUAGCAAAUUCUUGCCCUUCUAAUUCUGGUGGUGCUCUAGCCGUUGUGCCUCCAACUUUUACCUUUGUUGAUGAGUCUCAACCUGGUGAUGUUGAAUCUAGUGGUCAAUCUGGUGGUCCUUCUAAUUUUACAUUUGUUCAACCUGGUGGUAAAAAACGUUCAAAGACAAGCCUGAGCACCUACAUAAAGAAAACAAGAGUAGAUCUUGCUCCAUCAUCAGUAUGCUAUUUCAGUAUGUAUCAGUCAACAGUGCCCGAGCUUUUGGAGCAGUGGUAUCAUACAGUUGGUGAUGUCCUCUCCAUCGAGGAAAUAGAUAGAAAAUAUAGAAAUGCUUGGAGAAAGGAUGUGAGGACAAGACAAAAUUACCAUAGAAGACAUAAGAUUAUUAGGUGGUUAAACUCAUUUUAGCCGCAAUUAAGCUACUAAUAUCUUUGAAUACGUCAGACGUGAAGAAGGGAUCACUUUGUAUCAAUUGUCUACACAUAGUGAACUGGAGAGAAUAGUAAGAGAGGCAUCUAAGUUAGCUGACGAUUCAUAUAUUACGAGAAAAUUAACAGAAGCUGGAUAAAAACUUCAACAUUGACUCAGCUUAUGUAGAAAGUGAUAUAAAUGCAAAUAAUAAUAUUACUUGAUAAUACCUCUAUAUAUUAUUUUAAGUAUUGCUUGAUUUAAUAGCUAUAAAUCCCAU